AUGGGAGCUAUGAUCCUAUCCUUAUCCUUCGUUAUUUGGAUUUCACUAGCGGAUAGCACACGAUAUUCCAGAGGACGUGAUCAACUGCCGUACACUAUCCCCGGUUGCCAGGUGCAAUCCUAUGGAGCUAUAAAUUACUUGGAAAAAGUACUUUUGGAACCUGAGCGUUCUACUCUUGGGAGACUGGUUCUGAGAAGCCUUGGAACUCGAGGUAUUGAUUCUGUGACCAAAUGGUUUCAUCCUGACAGUUCCGGUGAAUUGUGGCAUGCCUGGUGUAGAAAUAAAGUUCACAAUUGGACGGCAGAAGAAACUAUCCUAUGGCUUAUCAAUUAUGCAAAGCUUCCAGAAUAUGAACGCCUAUUUCAUCAAGCAAAAAUUUCCGGAAGUUCUAUUCCUAGACUUCUGGAACCAGGUUUCAUUAACUCUUAUGAUUUGGACUAUAUGGGAUCAUCGUUUUCUAUGUUGAUGGAAAGAGUGGUAGAUAUAAUUCUCUUCGGUCCUCCUGAAAAAGAUCCCAGUGUUUAUCUGUUAUUGGCUAUUCUAGUGUUGCUUAUCGUAUUCUUAACGUGUUUAGUGACCGUUUGUUUAACACGUGACUUUUGUAAACCUGAAAAAAUUACCCUUGAAUAUGAAGGUUUAGCAGAAAGCAAAGAAAUUCUUCACGUUCUUCAGAAAAAUGUUUCUAACCAGAUUGAUGCCUGCAAAUCAAACACAGAUAACUGCAUUGCGUUACACCAUGGGAAUGGUGAUUCGGAUAAGAUUAGUGAAGAUGUAUGUGAUACAAACCAUUAUAAACUGAACUGGAAUGAAUUCAGCGAAACUGUUAUUCACUCAGGAAGAAGUAUAUUGUUUUCUGCCGCCAAGUUUUCUGUAUUUGUUAGUUUGCUUCGUGAGAGUUACAUUUCUGAGGCAAAAUGCUUGUUGAAGGAAAUCAAAAAUAUCGCACAAAAGUUAUCAGCUGUUGAAGAUUUAUAUUUUGAAUCUCGAUCAAAUAACUGUCUGCUGGGCUUUUCACAUCGCAAUGAAGAGUGUGCAAAUGAAGAAAUAUGUCAUAUGAAUGAAGUUAUAGUCGAAGUGUCUAAUUUGAAGUUUGAAGCAGAAAAGCGUAACAAGCGAUGGAGUAGUAUUUUCGCUUCUAUACGACGUGCCUAUAUGGAGUCUGGUCAGUGUAAUGGUGACAACAGGUACGCUACAACUGGCAACUCUGCCCUUGGGACAAUCCACAAACUAAUCAAUAGUGGAGUUGACCGUGAAAAAAUUGAACCGCUGAAAAAUGUUGCUGUUAUUGGUAGCGAUAAAAGUCAUAAACUACUUGACAAGCCAGACGAGCACUUUAGUCUCAUUGGGAUAAAGCGAGAUCCAUCGGACGGAAGUAAAUCACUAAAUGGAACACAAGUUACUAGUGAUAAUGUAGAAAAUCAUAUGCACUUAUCAGACAAUGGCUUUGAUAGUUCUUCUUGCAUCUUACAUAAGGAUGACACACGCGAUCAUAGUUACAGUAAUCUGCAUUCAACAAAGAUACCUACUUUCAUUCACUUAUCACGAUCAUCUGAAAAAUCGUCUGGAAAUUCUCAAGGGAAAUGCCGUGGUUCAUCUAAAUCUGGCAGUGUAUUACCUUCGUCAUCAUUAAUACAAACUCACUCUGAUACUUCGAACCACACUCCAUUGACGGUUCAAAUUACAGAUUCCGAUUCUUCAUACAUUGUCUCAACUGGAAAAUUAAGAAUACCAUUUUCAGACUUUACUAAUACAUCUGUCACUCAGAUAAAACAUUCUGGAUUACGAAAGCCUAAACCAGUCAAGACGUAA